GGUUAUGUAUAUUUGAAUUUUAACUUCAAUUUUUCUUAUAAAAAGUGAUAAAUUCGAUGAAAGACCAUUUUCAUAAUUAGUGAUGGAUAUUUCAAACAAAUAUUGUGUCUACGUGGGAACCACACGUGGAGUUUUGCAACAAACUUUUUGCAAACCCGAUGAGAAACCGAAAUACUUCUUCCCGGAGCAACAAUCUGAGAUAACUGCUCUCGAAUGGGGUAGAUCUGAGGAUGAAAUAAUCAUCGGUUAUAAAAAUGAGCAUGUCUGUCUUUACAACACAAAUGAAUGCAAAUAUACGAAGAUCAUAAGCAAACUGGAGGGUGAGGGCUCAAUCGUGGGUCUUUUCCCGUUAAACAAGUCAAUAGUGAUUGCAAAACAUGACGGCGUAAUUACUAUAUGGAGUGGCAAAAAAUCUGAUUAUUUUUCAAUCAAUUUGGAGGAAAAGGGAACUCUUGACGCGUUUCUCCAUAACAAGAGUCGCGAGGAGGUCGUAGCAACGGGGGGUGAAUGCAACGAUUUUAAAUUGUGGCAUCUUGAGACUAAGCAGUGUUUAUUUAAGGCUAAAUCUUUGGGUCAUGAUGAAUUAAACUUACCAAUUCCGACAUCAAUUAGAGGCAUUACUUAUUUUCCAGAAUGCGAAAAAUUGAACGCUUGUGCAACUAAAGAAGGUCAUGUUUUGCUUUAUGAUGAAAGAGCGCAAAGGAGACCUGUUGUAAAAUUUUUCGAGAAAAAAGCAAGUUAUACUUGUAUAGCGACUGCAUACAGAGAGAGACAAUGUCUGGUGGGUACAACAAGAGGAUACAUGCAAUUAUUAGACAUGAGAGCUCCAGGAAAAUGUUUAAAAACCUUCACAACGUUCACAGGUAGUGUCACGAGUAUUGUGUGUGACCCUGUGGAGCCACUUGUCGCAGCCACGAGUCUAGACAGGUUUUUAAGGUUUCAUAAUCUGGAAACUAAAGAACUAGUUUACAAGGGUUAUUUGAAACAAAAUUUGACGAAAAUUUUGAUAAAACCUUUGGUGAAAGAAGAACAAGAUCUUGGUGAAGAAGAUAAAAUUGAAGAACCUGUUGAUGAAGAAUAUGAGGAUAUUUUCAGUAAAAUGGAAACUGUGACCGAGGCGAUUAAGCAGAAACGAAAAUCUGAAUCUGACAAAGGGAUUAAAAAGAAGAAAAAGAAAAUUAAGGAUGAUCAAUGAAUUUUUUGUAUUAUUGUUUUUUAAUAAACGAUUUUUCACA